UUUUCAAAAUUAUAUUUCUUUGUUCCCAUUUUUACUUUUAUUUUUUCUCAAAAUCUUAAUUAUAUCUUAGGAGCUAUAAGGGUGCUCCUUAGAUAUUAAUAAUAAAGUGAGUCCCUUCAAUGGCAGAAAUUAUGCAAAGGGAUAAUGUUAAUAUUAAUAUUAAUAUUAAUAUUAAUGAUAGAGCCAUUAAUUACACAAUAAAAAGGCCAAUUUUUUGUUAUAAUAAUAAUUUUGAUCAAUCUGAAAUUAACAUUAAAAAGUGUAUGUCAAAAUUAUGUGAAGGCAUAUCAAGGGUACUUUCGACAUGGAAUGGUUUACAAAUGGCCAUACAAAAUAAAUGGGGUGGCCAUGAUUCUUAUCAAAAGUCCCAACAACUUGUCAUUGAUAUCUUCGCCUGGUUUUCUCAAUCCGAUUCAUUAUGUGUAGAAGACCUGGAAAAUCUGCUCCAUGAAUGUUUGUUAUUUUCGUUCAAUACAGAUAUAGAAGAUGGCAGCAUUGAUAUGGUAGCUGAGCAAUUGAUGAACAUGCAUGAAGGAUAUUUGAAUGACUCCCAUUUUUAAGUUGUUAGUCAUUGAAGCAAAGAAUGCAUUCGUGAAGGCGGCAUGCGAAAAAUAUACUCUCUCCUCUGGUGAGAGUUUGCAAGGAAGUGGCCACAGGCACUUGAUAAUUUGAGGAAUUCAAUUUUUAUUAAGUUUUUUGUAAAUGAUGAUGUAACAUAUAAGAGGAUUAGUCGACUAGGUACCUCUUUGCAAGCCAAUGCCUAAUUAUCAACUAAUUAACAGAAUAUUACAUUAUUCAUAAGUACAAAUGUCCUCAAUAUUGUCAGGGGCAGAUUCAAUACUAUUAUACGAUAUCAACUAACAACAUUCAACUCAUAUAUAAAAUCGUAUACUGAAAAUUACUAACAUGAGUGUUGAUUGAUUGGUAGAAAUUUUGUUAUACCACAACAUUAAUCCGGGUUUAAAUCUUACCAAGCACAUUUUUUAAAUGUGAAAAGAAUUCUUACUCAUUUGCGUUU